CGGGAAUGGAAACCUACCAAUGCACAUCGAAAUCAGCAGUCUACUUACAUUCCAUUAUUCUUCAUGUCGACGAUAAAGGACCAUAAAGCGGAUGUCCCGGGGCCCGAGUUACCAGAACCGAGUUAAAAAGAAUGUGGCUUUGAGUCGUGGCGGACUUGAUUGAAGCACCGAGAUACCGUCCAGCUCGCAUUGUUCCUGUCAGAAAUGCUGUCUGUUCAGAUCCUGGCUCUUGGAGCCGUGCUGCUCUUAUUCAUUCGUUUUCUGUUCAUUAGUCUCCGGCUUGCAAAGAUCCCAGGCCCUCUGCUCGCCCACUUUACCGACUUUUGGCGGUAUCGUGGCCAGAACUCCCCGAAAUGGUCGGCGAAGCUCGUUGCACUUCACCAGAAGCAUGGUAAGUUGGUACGCAUUGGGCCGAAUCACAUCAGCGUAAGUGAUCCCAACGCGGUGCCCAUUGUUUACGGCACCAACCCCGUGUGGCUCAAGGGCCCAUCCUACUAUGGCGCAGCGACGGCGAGCCAGGGCCGAACGGUGCCUAGCAUCAUAGCAAUGAAUGAAGCACAGCACUCAGCUGUACGAAAGUGCACUGGCCGUGCUUUCACGACCAACUCACUCCUUGACUACGAAUCCUCGAUUGAUAAGUCGGCUAGUGAGCUCGUGGAGAUGCUCGAGAAGCAACAGGACUUGGUCGAUAUGAGCGUUUGGCUGCAACUUUACGCCAUUGAUGUGUUGAUGCGUAUCGCGUUUAGCGAGAGCCUAGGCUUCGUGCAAACAGGAGAUGACGUCGAGGGUAUCCUGGAGGCCAUUAUUGCCCGCUUCGAUCACUGGAACGCGUGGGCGGCGGCGCCGUGGGCCGAUUAUCUGUUCAACAAGGGGCCACUUGCCCAGUGUAUCCGCAAAAAAUCUGAUAGUCCUCUGGCUCGCGUCGGUUUGGCCAAGCUCACGGCACGCAAGGCUCUAACUGACCAGAAAAAAGACUUACUGGCAAAGUUUCUCGACGGCCAAGCCAAGGAUCCUGACGCUAUAUCGCAGGAUGAUAUGCUGGGCAUCAUCAUGUCAACAAUCGGCGCUGGUGCUGACACGACCGGUGGCACGCUAACUUACACACUCUGGUACCUCUGUAAGCACCCAGUGGCGGCUCAGAAACUCAAUGCGGAGCUGCAAGAUGCUUUGAACACCGGCAACAUGAAGAGCCCGCCUACUUGGGCCCAGGUAAACCACCUGCCAUUCCUGGAUGCUGUCCUUAAAGAGUCGAUGCGUUGUCUUCCAAUAGCUGCCUGGGGGCUUGACCGCAUCGUCCCUCAGGGUGGAGCCGUCAUCGCUGGUCAGUACAUCCCCGCUGGUACGGUUGUUGGAUGCCAAAUCGACUCGAUACACCUUGACCCAGAGGUAUAUGGGAAGGAACCGGCAGCUUUCUGGCCAGAGCGUUGGCUCGAAGCUUCGGAAGACCAAAGGCGACGAAUGGACCGUGCCUUCCUGGCUUUUAGUGCCGGAAAGCGCACUUGCACUGGCCGUCACAUCGCUUGGUUGGAGCUGAAGAAGUCGCUUGCCUUGCUUCUAAUUAAUUUUGAGAUGGAGCUGGCCUAUACGGACCAAGAUGUCGUCGGUUCGGCACGUAUCAGUGCCGUCAAGUAUGCGCCGUCUAUUUGGAUGCGCCUCCGGAAACGAGAGCCGCGAGAUACCCAAACAGCAUAACCAAAGCUUUAUGAGAAGAUGCUUACAUGCGUGUGGUAAGUUGCUGUGUGUAUGGGAUUCAAGAAAUUGCUCGGAAUUCUCGCCUCUCCUACGCGGAAGCCUGGUAUGCAGAUUCUGAGAGGAUGUAACAGAUGUAACAAUCUUGACCAACAACUCGUGUACAUCUUAAUCUAGAGGGUGGUUUUGUUGAUCUGUACACAGCCCGGUGCAAGAAGCAGGUCAAAUUGGGAAUACAAGUGAAAACGUCCCUCACCUGAGACAUUCCCGUUUAAUAGGCCAG